UGGACGGAAGUGUAAAUAACGAAAAACAAACCGCAAAUUUUAAAACGGAUAACUCCGAUUCAGAAACAAAACCGAGUUUGAAUCAAGAUUCCCCGGAUAAAGCAAAGGUUUCCCCACAUACUGGACAAGAUGUCAUACCUAGCUCUGACAAAGCAAGGCUAGAAAAACGUCACAACUUACCUGGUUUCCAAAACACACAAGUCGGCAUGACAGAUCACAUGGAUCCUCCGAAGUCAAAGAAACACAAACUUUCUCCCAGUAGUUCACUUGUUGAUUUUAAUGAAAACCAAGAAAUUGGCAAGCGUAGACGAGUGCAGCAUGAUUAUCGACGUCUCUCAAGUUCUGGUUAUCUUGAUGACUAUGAAACAAGUCGUGAAAGACGUUUCUCAUCGGAUUCUGAUGCAACUUCUACAUCUCCGAGCCCAAAUAAACAGAAAUGUGUGCCUACUACACCUACAGGAUCUGUAGAGGAUGACGGGACUCCUCAUGUUAAAAUAACAUUAAAAUUAUCUAAGACUGAAAAUGGAACAUUUGUUAAUGGUAGCAUUUCUCCAGACAAAACCAACCCUGAUGAGCUGCAAAAACGCCACAAGACAUCUCAAAAUGGACACCAUCAUCAUCACAAGGAUACAGAUAAAUCACACCAUCACCACCAUCAUACACACAAACAUUCCCAUAAAGACAAAAAUAAAGAGAAAUCUUCAGAUUCAAAGGAACCAAAAAGCAAAGAGCCACAUCACAAGGAUAACAAACAAGAGAGAAAGAAUAAAUCUGAAUAUCUUAAAUCAGACAACAUCGAAAGGGUUCAGGCAAAUGAAUCAAAGGAAAACAUUGAUAAUUCAAAUUCGGUAACUGAUAUUACAAACAAAAUGAAGGAUGAAAAUGUCAUCACAAACCUUAAUACAAAGAAAAAAGAGGAUAAGAAUCAAAAGGAUUCACAUAUCCAUGAGAAAACAUAUGAGCCAAGUACUGAAGCGAAAAAAUCAGAGCCAAGUAUUGAAGCGAAAAAAUCACAGCCAAGUAUUGAAGCGAAAAAAUCACAGCCAAGUAUUGAAGUGAAAAAAUCUGAGCCAAUUAUUCAGGAGAAAAAGUCUGAGUCAAGUACUGAAGCGAAAAAAUCAGAUCCAAGUAUUGAAGUGAAAAAGUCUGAGCCAAUUAUUCAGGAGAAAAAGUCUGAGUCAAGUACUGAAGCGAAAAAAUCAGAGCCAAGUAUUGAAGUGAAAAAAUCUGAGCCAAUUAUUCAGGAGAAAAGGUCUGGGCCAAGUAUUGAAGUGAAAACAUCUGAGUCAAGUAUCCAAGAGAAAAAAUCUGAGUCAAGCAUUGAAGUGAAUAAGUCUGAGCCAUGUUUUCAAGAGAAAAAAUCUGAGUCAAGUUUUCUAGAAAAAAAAUCUGAGUCAACUGUUCAAGAGAAGAAAUCUGAGCCAGAAAGUGUGAAUGCUAAAAAUCCAGAAAAGAUAGACGAAUGCCGGAAAGUGAAUAAUGAGACAAAGGUCUUUGACGUAUCAAGUAAAAUUCAUUCCAACAGUGAUGUUGACACUUUAAAUCUUUCUAACGGCCGUAAUAAGCCUCAGGUUGUGACUGAUGGAAAGCAUGAAGUUAAAAGUGAAGAAGGUCCAUCUGAAACUAAAACAUCAUCUGAACAAACCAUCCGAUCCAUUGCAGCAAAUGGAGACCAAGCACAAGUUGCUUUAAAGGACAAUAAGGAUAAUUCAUCAGGUUCAAAGUUUGAGGAUCGUAGUUCUCAUAGAUCAAAGCACCAUAAACAUCACAGUCGAGAUAGAAGUGGUUCCAAAUCCUCCUCAGAGCAUAGAUCUCACAGGCAUGACCAUCAAUCUAAACCAGAGCAGAAGUCAAGUACAACACAUCAAAAGGAUAAGGAACAAAACAGUUCAGAACUGUCUCAAAAGACCGAACUCCAUAAUAAGAAUAAAACAAGGACUUUAGAAACAAAAGAAGUGUUGGUUGGCAAAUCUGAGAAUGUUGGUCCAUUAGCAAAGCAUAGUGAGAAAGCAGCAUAUGAUAUCAAGACUAAGGAUUCGAAAACAAAUACACAUAGUCAUUCAUCAUCCAAAACAGAAAAUAGGCAGCACUGUGACCCAAAAGAAUCACAAAGUAAACAGAGAUCUGCAGAGAGCUCUAAUGGUGUUUCUAAGUCAAGUGUCAGUGACACACCAAGUAAAUCUAAACCAUCAGAAGCUUCAGCUGAAAAGUCAAGAAGUCAUCAUCGUAAGAAAAGGAUUGUUAAUUGUGGUGUGCAAGUUAACAUGAGGAAGAAAAUCGAUACAAAGGAAACUCAGGUUAAUGCAGAUGAUAUUGCAUCUGACUGCCGGGAUAGUAUGAAAGAUACUAUGAAAAUCUCAGAGAAAAAGUUUCAAAGAAUUGCUUAUGUGCAGCAGAGUAUUUCUAAUACUGAGCAACAAAAACUGUAUGCAAAACACUCUAAAGUAACUCCCAAAAAGCAAGCAAGUGUAGACAACUCUGAAAAAGUUACUGUGAAGUUUAGUGAUGAAAUCUCAACAAAAUCUCAGGACAAGAAACUUUGGAAAUUUGAAGCAGAGUCACUUGAUAAGUACAAACAUAAAUCAUUGUUGCAUGUUGAGCAAUAUUCCAAUGGGGGAGGACUUGUCUGUCAUGCCUACCAGCAAGAGGUAGAUAAACUAUCAGAUUCAGAAAAAAAGGAGUUCGCAAAAGAAUACUUUGACUUUGUGUAUGGUGAGCCAAAUGAGGGUGUGGCAAACUGUUGUAUGGGCAUAGUGCAUGGAGCAUUAGCUCACUGGCCAGAUCUUGUUGAGCACUUUGCUGACAUAUAUCCAAAUUUGACCAUCAAAACUGGUGUAUUGGGUAAGAGCGAUAUAGAGACAAUGAGUAUGGAGAAAUACAGAGAGCAUCUUCAUAAGUCAUACAAAGCUGGCACUUUUCGAUGUGGACCACUAUUACAAGUGAGUUUAGUGGGUACAGCACAAGAAGAGGUUGGGGAUUAUUUCCCAGAGGUUCUUGAUAUGUGUGAAAGUGAUCCAUUCCUGGACCUGGUGAUGCCGUGGGGAGAAUUGUCUUCAGUAAGGAUGGCCUCAAGAAAUAUGAGUAAUGAUGGACCAAUUCUCUGGACAAGGCCAGGGGAGCAGCUCAUCCCAACAGCUGAUAUGCCAAAAUCUCCCUUCAAGAGAAAAAGGGGUAUGAAUGAGUUAAAGAACCUGCAGUAUUUGCCACGCUCCUCAGAGCCCAGAGAGACCAUGGUAGAGGACCGAACACGCUGUCAUGCAGAUCAUGUUGGGCACGGUUUUGACAGGCACACCACGGCAGCUGUUGGAAUGCUCAAGGCUGUAAACUGUGGGGAUAAACCUGUAGAGGAUCGUAUUGUGAAGGAUGUGAUAUGCUUUCACCCCGGGGAUUUCAUGCAGCUGGUGGACAAACUACAGCUAGAUCUCCAUGAACCCCCUGUAUCCCAGUGUGUUACCUGGGUUGAAGACGCCAAACUGAACUACCUCCACCGAGAAGGGAUCCGAUAUGCGAAGAUUCAGUUACGCGAUAAUGACAUUUACUUCAUACCCCGCAAUGUUGUCCAUCAGUUUAAGACAGUUUCAGCUGUGACGAGCGUGGCCUGGCAUGUCCGACUGAGAAACUAUUAUCCUGAGCUAGACAGAGAUCCUGAACUGUUGGAAGAGCAUAAGAGGUUGGAAGUUGUCAUGGCAGAAAGUAGAAUUCGAGAGAAGGAAGAAAGAGUGAGGAAAGAGAAAGAGAAAAGAGAGGCUGCAAUUCUCGCUAGGGAGAAGAAGCUGGAAAAACUGGCUCAAAAAGCUAAACUUGAGGAAGAAUCACCUCUGAAGAAACAAAAGCUGGAAGCCGGUAAGACUCCGUUGAAACACGAGCCCAAAGAUGACGUGAAUUUGGUUAGAGAUGGUAGUGGCAUUCCUCAGGUCAAAAGUGAAGCUGUUGGAAUGGUGAAAGUGGAAAGAUCUGGAAGUGUUGAGGUUAUAAAUCCAAUGGAGGCAUUAAGGAAGGCAGUUAAGGAUGAACACAAGGCUAGAACACUUAAGUUGGCGAACAAGAGUGAUGUGAAAGUUGGCAUGAUGGUUGGUACAUGUGUACCGGAAGGUUCCAGCACCAGUUUUUCAUCCGCUUUGUCUAGAGGAGAUGUCACUCCAACAAAACAAACUGUGGCCUGGGUAAAGAAUGAGAAAGAUGUUGAUAGUAUUGAUGCUCUUAGGGCAAAGAAGUGUGAACUGAAAGAACUUGGUAGUAAGAAAUUCGCUGUUGUGCAUAGUAAAGUUGCCAUAAAAGGUGUUGAACCACAAGUUAUCAAGAUCGCAGUUGAGAGGAAACCCAGUGACAAUGUAGGGAAAGUGGUUAAAGUUCACAGCAGUGUGGAACAAACAAAUCCUGAAAUUAAAGCAGCAAAGAUUGUUACUGAAUCUCACCAAAAUGUUAGUGACACUCUGAAAGACACAAGUCAUGUUGAAAAAGUGCUAAGUGUUAAGACUAGUGUCCCACUAAUAGAUAACAUUGAUUCUACCCAUGACACUUCAGGUAUUUCAGAAUCGUCGAAGGAUGUGCCUAUAGAUGAUAACUCAGUCAAAACAGUAGACAAUAAGGGUGAUCAUUCACAGGAACGUGUUUUACUUGACACCCAACAGUCUCUUCAGGCAGCAGAAAAUAUAACAGAUGAAAAUGAUGACGAAAAACCAAUGGAAACAUAGAGAACUACAAUAUUACGGAUCUGUUUUAUUUUGGACCUGUGUAAAUCAUUUGUUUUAAUAUGCUGACAUUACACUUGUAUACAUGUAGUUGUAGUGUGUAUCCAUGCAUGUAGCUGUUCUUGUUAACUGAUACUUGCUCUUUUGUGGUUGUACCAAAUUAUGAAUAGCUUUUGUCAUUAAGUUGUCCAUUGUUUGUAAUUUGAAAAAUGAAAGUGCUUUGAAAUACUGUAUACAUUUAUGAUAUUUUUUAAACAGAUGUAUUCAUAAUGACAUUUACCUUCAGAGGAUUUUUCUGAGAUCAUGCAAGUGAAAAGUGAUAAUGUUUAAUAAGUUUUAAUAUUUGAUUGAUGAAAUGCAUCUUGUCGAGAUCAAAAAACUUAUCAGAAGCAUAAGCGUUUUGUACAUGAUUCGAACAUUAAAUUAACAUACUUUAUACCUUUAUGCAGCAUUUAAAGGUACCGUUUACACCCUUAUAUUUGAAGGCAUUAAUUUACCAAUAGUAGCGUGUUCAACCUACAUGAUAAUUAUCUGUUAAAUCUUAACUUACAUGUGUUAGUUGAGUGUCAAGUAAAGAAAUCGAAUGCAUUAACAAUCAGGAAUUAUGUAACUUUCCAGUAAAUCGAAGGCUUGCAGACCGGUGGAUAUAGAUAUACGUAUUAGACUUUGGUUUGUGGUCACUAAGCCCGCUAAGUGGGUAUUCUCGGGGCACUCUGUUUCCUCCUCAACACAGACCUCAACAUUGUACUAAGAAGAGUGACAUAAAACAUAGGCUCAUAACUUUCUUCACAAUUGUUGUAAAAUAAAUACAGUUUAAGUUGAAAAAGGGAAAAGGUACAUGUACUUCCUUAUUUUGAAUGAAAGCAAAUGAACUGAAAUAUUACAUUAUUUAAACACAUAUGUGUUGAUAAACCAAAUUAACUUGUUUCUUGAUAUUUUACUCAUUUAACACACAUAUGUUGCAUAAAGUUUUAUGUUAUUUAAUUCAUGUGCUGGCAGCAGUCAUUUAUUGGUCACUGGGCUCAUCACAAGCUUACAUUACAUCUUUCGUUAUUUAUUUUCCAUCUCGUAUCAUUAUACAUUAAUUAUUGAUUUAAAGACAUAUGUAUUAGAUUGAUUGAAAAUAUUAAAGCCCCAUUUCAUAAAAUAUUUUACAAUUUGUUUUUCAAAUCUAUUAAUAUUUUGGUAGAAGUAAAAAUAAACUCAAUGUUUUUUGUUGUUUUUACAGAAACUCUUUAACUGCCAUUUUUGACACUAAUAAAUAUAUUUAAAGAAGUUUUUAAUUAAAUAUGUUACACUACUUAAAGAUUUUUUUUUUUUAUAUUGGGAUACUCUUGCUUUAUAACUUAAAGGUCGCCUUCACGUUGUUUUUUAAAUUAGAGAAAAAACUUAUGUUCUUGUCAUAGCCUUGGCAUUAUUGUUGAAUAGACAAUAUGCACAUGUACAGUAAGGCCCAUAACUCUGACAUAAAUACUUACUAAGUUAUGCCCCUUUUUGGACUGAAAAUCAACAGAUGAGCAUUGAAGUUAUCUUUAAUUUAGUUUUAAAGCUUGCUACUGUAAAGGAGACAUUGAGAGUAUUUCUUGUAAUGUUUGUGGUUACAUGUGCGAGUGACAGAAUGUUUUGCAGAUGUCAAUAUCCUCUUAUUUUUCUGUUUUCAAGUUUUGAAUUCAGCUGAUGACUUGUAUAAAUGCCUUGUUAAAGAAAUAAAACGAUUAGUGCUGUGUUAAAUAGGCAUUGUUGUUUACUUAUGGCAGUAAACGUGUCUGAAGAGGUUAUCAGUUAUGAACAAGUGCUAAUUAUGUGUUCAGUUUUACCAUUUUGAAAUUUUGUUAUUUAAAGGAAAUAAGUUUUAACAGAUUGGAGAUUAAUGUAAGCAUACACACUCACUUCAAUGUCAUUACUCCAAUACUGAAAUAUAUGUCAAUUUAAAGUGUGCAACUCUUUCAAUUAAUUUACUGACGUUAUUACAAAUAAUUGUAAGGGAGGGGUGGUUGUUACUAUGUUAACAGUGUUUUGUUAAACUUUCAAAAAAUUAUAAAAAAAACAGGGUUUAUCGUAAUAGAACUUUAUUAAAAGUAACAUGAUUGUCAGCGUCAUCGUUGUAAACUUAUAAUCUUCUGACUUUCAUGGACACAUUUUUGACCUGCAGCAUUUCUAACAUGAUUAAGCUUUACUGAUUUAACCUAAAUUGUAUUAAUUCAAUAAGAAGUGGUAUGUAAUGUUAUUGGAAGUAUCUCCCUGUGGAUGUAUGUGUUGAAUAAGUUUAUUUUAAAGGGCAUAGUUCUGAGUAAGAAAUUUUAUGUCAUACAAUAUAUACAUGUAAAGCCCUCCCCACACAUAGAAGCUUUUCAACUCUUUGUUGGGGAUGUCCUCCCUUUUCUCUAAUAAUGGAAUGAGUGUUUAUGCCUGUAUGAUAGAUCACUAUUUUAAGGCAAAAACAAUCAAAUUCUUAAGCAUUCAGGUAUUUGAUUUUGUUUUUCCAUAUAUAUUGGGAUACAAUAUAACGUCGAUGGCGGAGUUAGAAUUUCAAAGAUAUUUAAAAGUUUGUUAUAGGAUACACUGUGCCAACGCAGAUUGGUGUAUAGUUGAAAAAGAUCUCUGUCAUGUCAGAAAAAGCUUGACACAUUUUGAAAUAUUCAAUAUAUUGUUUCAUCAGUUCUCCAUUUUCCUUUUCUCACUCAUAUAUAUGUUUACAUUGUUGUGUUGUUGUAUAUUUGCCUUUCCACUGUUACACUAUACAAGACUGUCUGUUGAAGAAUAAAGAUGUGAAUGUG